UUAUUUUUAAUAGAGGAAAGAGAGAGAGAGAGCGAUACAGAGUACUCUUUUUGCGCGUGCUCAAUUCUACGUUCACAUGCGCUAAUUUAAUUUUGCAUACCGCGAAAAAUUUGAAAAUGUUUGAAUCAUGGAAGAAGAAACUGAAAUAGUGGAGCACUUCUUCGGAGUGUAUUUAUUAUAUUGUACGAAUCCGAAAUACAAGGGACGAACUUACAUAGGUUAUACUGUAAAUCCAAGGCGUAGAAUUAAACAACAUAAUGCCGGUAAGAAAUACGGUGGUGCUUGGAAAACUAGUAACAGAGGGCCAUGGAACAUGGUUUUGAUUGUUCAUGGUUUUCCUAAUAGCACUUCUGCAUUAAGGGACUGUUGUUUUCAGUUUGAAUGGGCUUGGCAACACCCACAUGUUAGUAGACGACUGAAACACAUUCCCAAAAAGAAGUCAUCCCAGAAGAAGUUUGAUUUUUGUCUGACAGUCCUGUCUGAGAUGUUGAAGAUUGGUCCUUGGUGUCGUUUGCCUCUGAUAGUACGUUGGUUGGAUUAUGAAUUCUCCAAGAACUAUUAUGGACGUAUCUCACCACCAUUACAUAUGCCUGUAUGCUAUGGUAAAGUCAGCACUUGUAAGACCAAGAGUACGCAACGAUCCAGAACGGAUGAUAUUUUGUCGCACGAGUUACGUUCGUCUAUGGGAGAAUCACUGAUAUUUUGUUCUCUCUGUGGCUCGAGUGCAACGCAAAAUAAUUCCGUUACUUGCAUGCAGCCAAAAUGUCCUUUGAUCGCUCAUUUAAUAUGUUUGGCAAAAGUAUUCUGCAAGGAUGGAAUGAUUCUGCCGAUCGAGGGUACAUGCCCUACAUGUACAACCAGUGUCCUUUGGGGUGACCUUAUUAAAAAAAAAAAUGGUUGUUAUCAAUAUCUUCAGGAGGCUAAUACUAAUUCUUCUUCCAGCGAUAGUGACAUUUAAGCGCUAAUCACAAUAUGCGUAAAUAAUAGUUAACAUAAUUAAUUUGUAAAUAAUCUUCCAGUGAUAAUGACACUAAGCGAUAAUCACAAUAUGCGUAAAUAAUAGCUAACAUAAUUAAUUUGUAAAUAAUUUGUAAAUAAAAUAAAUUUCAAUUCCAGUGAUAAUGACAUUUAAGCGAUAAUCACAAUAUGUAAAUAAUAGCAAACAUAAUUGAUCUGUAAAUAAUCUGUAAAUAAAACAAAUUUUAAUAUUAA